AUGGGGAAUAAUAAAAACAGACGUAAGAACUCCAACUCUGGUGGUGGUGCUAAUGAUUCUAGUCGCAAACCUCAUAAUAAUAAAGGAGGAAAAAAAGGUAAGGGAAGAAAUAACAAUAGCGAAAAUGAAGGAAAUCAAGAUAAGGGCAGAGUACCCAAAGAAUUCUUAGAAUGUCGUAUCUGCGAGGGCAAAUUCCAUUGGGAAUCAGAUUGUCGCAAGAAUCCAGCUGGAGAGGGAAAGAGAGGAAAGGACUCACCAGAGUGUAGAGAGUGUGGGGGAAAUCAUUGGGAAGAUCAGUGUCGGACUUGGAAAUCGAAAAAUGGUGGAAAUGGGAAGAAUGAUAAUAAUAAAGGUCGUGGACAAGGAGACUCAAGCUCAAGUUCGGACUCGGAUGGGGGAGAAUGUCUCGCGCCAACUGGUGAAGAUAUAACUCAGUUUUUCCCAAAUGGUAAAUAUCCCAACCGGCCGUGCAGAAAAUGUAAAGAGUCGGGUCAUUGGAAUAAUGCCUGUGAGAAAGAUGGAUUUCAUCCUAUCAGUAACCCAAACCCGGGUGCGGCCCGCGCGAGGAAGGUCAGUUUCCAAGAUGGUCAGAGUAGAGGACAAGUCGACUCGGCAUACAAUCAAUAUCAUUCUCCUCCCAGAACACAAGAUAGGACGUGGAGUACCAGCGAAAGCCCACCUGUAAACUUCGGACAUACGCAACAGCGUUCUGGUACCGCGAUGGAGUAUGAGUAUGCCGAUCCUCAGUAUUCUAAUCAACAGAACCAAAACCAAACCCAAAAUUCCAUUCGCGAACACAUCAACCCCAAUACCGAUACCCCCGACUACCAUCCCCAACCCACACACCAAGCCCCCUACCUCACGCACCCCGAAACCCCCAACCCCGACCACCCCGACCAUCCAGACUCCUCCUUCUACCAAGCCCGCUACCGCUCUUCCAUCUGCACCCUCUGCCACGCCAGUGCGCACAAAUCCCACGACUGUCUCACCUACCGCUGGCUGCUCCCUCGCACACAUUCCGAAUGGCGUCCGCAUCCUAACCUACAUCAUCCCUCCAACGCGCUGUACCCUCGUCCGAACGGCUACUGGAAAGGUGACCCUACGAAAAUCCCAAGUAAGAAUACGUAUAUCUGGCCGCAUCCGGAAAAUGUGCAGCAGGGGAGAUAUUGGGGGGAAAAUGAGUGGGAGGAUACCGGAAAGGAUGUGUGGAUUGGAGAGGAUGACCGGGAGGGCAUGGGUGGUAGAUGGGGUAUGGCGCCGGGGGGGUGUGGGGGUGAGGAGAGUGGAGGCAUGUGUAGGUUUGAUGGGUUGGGGGAUGUGGUUAUGGUGGAUAUUUUGGACUGGGAGGUUAGGAGGUGGAGGGUUAGACAGAUAUUCAAUUCUUAUGCUCGUGUUUUAUUUUACGGUAUCUCUAUCUAG